CCAUGGGAAUCUUAUGAUAAUCUGAGAGGAAGUAAGUCCUGGUAAUAUCGCAGCUACUCAUGAUGUGCCUGAAGUGAAGAGGAAGGGAAACACUUAACACAUCCGAGUGCCAAGGCUCUGCUGUGUCAUGGCUACGGACUCCGGUGAAUCAGCCAGCACAGAGGAGUCGGAGAAACCUGAUGGAGUUUCUCUGGAAUGCCAGGACUCUUCCGGUGAUGCUGCUUUGACCAUGGAGGCUAGGACCAAAGAGGCGGUCCACGCACCUGCCGUUGGGGGGCCGGCCACGGAGAGGAAGAGGUUCUUCCGAAAGAGCGUGGAGAUAAUGGAGGACGAAAAGGUCUUGGAGCCUGCCCCGAGGGACGGCACAGAGCUGUUUGCGGUGGGCGGCCAGAGGGUAAGCCAUCUGGUUGUUGGCACCCUGGUGGCAGGGCAGGAGACCCGAAACGAACACGGCUUGAAGGUGAAUUUGGAAGCAUCCAAGGAAAGGACCAAGAAGGAGAUAGAGGAGGAAGCGGAGAUGAAGGCCGUGGCGACGUCACCGGGCGGGAGAUUCCUGAAAUUUGACAUUGAACUGGGGAGAGGGGCCUUCAAAACCGUCUUCAAGGGUCUGGACACAGAAACCUGGGUGGAAGUUGCAUGGUGCGAACUGCAGGACAGGAAGCUGACCAAAGCAGAGCAGCAGAGAUUUAAAGAAGAAGCCGAGAUGCUGAAAGGGCUGCAGCACCCUAACAUUGUCCGGUUUUAUGAUUCCUGGGAAUCAACGGUCAAAGGAAAGAAGUGUAUCGUGUUGGUAACUGAGCUGAUGACAUCCGGAACUCUGAAGACGUACUUAAAGCGUUUCAAAGUCAUGAAGCCCAAAGUCUUAAGGAGCUGGUGCCGGCAGAUUUUAAAAGGGCUGCAGUUCCUGCACACCAGGACCCCUCCUAUCAUCCACCGGGACCUGAAAUGUGAUAACAUCUUCAUCACGGGCCCCACUGGUUCAGUGAAGAUUGGUGACCUCGGGCUGGCUACCUUGAUGCGCACGUCCUUCGCUAAGAGUGUCAUUGGGACUCCUGAAUUCAUGGCUCCCGAGAUGUACGAAGAACAUUAUGACGAGUCCGUCGACGUCUAUGCUUUUGGGAUGUGCAUGCUGGAGAUGGCAACCUCUGAAUACCCUUACUCCGAGUGCCAGAACGCAGCUCAAAUCUACCGAAAAGUAACCAGUGGCAUUAAACCUGCCAGUUUUAACAAGGUAACUGACCCGGAGGUGAAAGAGAUCAUUGAAGGAUGCAUUCGGCAAAACAAGUCUGCAAGGCUGUCCAUCAGAGACCUCCUGAACCACACCUUCUUCGCCGAGGACACCGGGCUCCGGGUGGAGCUGGCGGAGGAGGACGAAGGGCUGGAGGCCUCCUUGGCUUUGAGGCUGUGGGUGGAAGAUCCCAAGAAACUGAAAGGCAAGCACAAAGACAACGAAGCGAUCGAGUUCAGUUUCAACCUUGAAACGGACGUCCCGGAGGAAGUAGCUUGUGAAAUGGUGAAGUCAGGAUUCUUCCACGAAAGUGACUCUAAAGCGGUCGCUAAAUCCAUCAGAGAUCGCGUCACUCUGGUCAAGAAGAUCCGGGAGCGGAGGCAGGCCUACCUAGAGGAGAGGAAGGACUCUCAAAGCAAGCUGCCAGGCGGUCUGCCGUUACUCCAACCACAGGGCUCGUCAUUCACCUCUCCUUGCCAGCCAAGCAAGACCGAAUGUGAAGAAACGGAGGUUGAUCAGCACGUCCGACAGCAGAUCCUCCAGCAAAUGCAACAUUCCUCCUCUGUCAUAGGUGACAGCACGUCCGAGAGGGGAGUGGGGUCGGUUAUACUCUCCGAUGCCUCCAGCCAACAUAGCUUGGCUUUCUCCUCGGAGCAGAUGACGGGCGCCCAGCAAGCCCCCAGCCUCUCACAAGUCGAAAACGGUGCGCAAGGGCAAAUCUACACAUCCCAACAACUGGUGGGGCAUUACCAGUCAAUGCCAGGGCCUCCAGACUCACAAGUGUCCUACAGUAUGGAGGGGCAGACGUUGGAUGGAUCUAUCAUGGGAGUUCCUCAGCAGAUCUUGACCGUCACCUCCCCUCAUACCAUACCUGCUCCACAAAUGAUGAACCAGCAAGCGUCGGCCAACCAGCAGCUGGACUCAGCAGCUCAAGUUGGGAGUCAUGCUUCAGCUGCCGCAGGUUCGAUGGAGUUGGAGCACGCGGCCACCAGCUUUGUGCCUGUCAGUCAUUCACCUGUGCCACAGGGGAAGUCCUCGGUUCAGUUUAUCAACAAUAUCCAAAACUUAGCCCAGGGCCUCCCGAACGCCUCGGCUGUGCAGUCUGUUCCACAGGGAGUCUCGUCCAUGCAACAGCCUCAGCAAGUUCUCUCGCAGAUGGCACCUACCCAGCAGCCCCAGCAAAUUCCUGAGCAGGUGACCUCAGCACAACAGGUUUCCCAGCAGGUGGCAUCCGCACAAGUUCCACAGCAAGUGACAUCCACACAGCAGGUCCUCCAGCAGAUUCCUCUGCAGCUGGCCUCCAUGCAGCCGUUGGUGUCUACGCAGCAGCAACAGCGGGUGGCCUCAAUACACCAGGUGCCCCAGCAGAUGGCCUCUGUGCAGCAGCAGCCCCUGCAAGUUCCACAGCAGGUGGCGUCCUUGCAGCAACCCCAGCAGGUCCCCCAACAGGGGACGUCAAUGCAGCAACCCCAGCAGAUGGCAUCUCUGCAUCAACCCCAACCGGUGGGGUCCUUGCAGCAUCCCCAACAGGUCCCCCAGCAGGUGAUGUCAAUGCAGCAACCCCAGCAGGUGGCGCCGAUGCAGCAAUCCCAACAGGUUCCCCAGCAGGUGGCGCCGAUGCAGCAAUCCCAACAGGUUCCCCAGCAGAUGGCAUCCUUACAACAACCUCAACAGGUCCCCCAGCAGGUGGCGUCCUUGCAGCAACCUCAACAGGUUCCCCAGCAGGUGGCGUCCCUGCAGCAAUCCCAACAGGUUCCCCAGCAGGUGGCGUCCUUGCAGCAACCUCAACAGGUUCCCCAGCAGGUGGCAUCCCUGCAGCAAUCCCAACAGGUUCCCCAGCAGGUGGCGUCCUUACAACAACCUCAACAGGUCCCCCAGCAAGUGGCGUCCCUGCAGCAACCUCAACAGGUUCCCCAGCAGGUGUCAGCAUUUCAGCAACCUCAACAAGUUCCCCAGCAGGUGGCGUCAAUGCAGCAGCCCCAACAAGUUCCCCAGCAGCUGGCACCGAUGCAGCAACCUCAACAGGUUCCCCAGCAGGUGGCAUCAAUGCAGCAACCCCAACAGGUUCCCCAGCAGGUGGCGCCGAUGCAGCAGUCCCAGCAGGUGGCGUCGAUGCAACAACCCCAACAGGUUCCCCAGCAGGUGGCGCCGAUGCAGCAGUCCCAGCAGGUGGCGCCGAUGCAGCAGUCCCAGCAGGUGGCGCUGAUGCAGCAAUCCCAGCAGGUGGCGCCGAUGCAGCAACCCCAACAAGUUCCCCAGCAGGUGGCGCCAAUGCAGCAACCCCAACAAGUUCCCCAGCAGGUGGCGCCGAUGCAGCAGCCCCAGCAGGUGGCAUCGAUGCAACAACCCCAACGUGUUACCCAGCAGAUGGCGCCGAUGCAGCAACCCCAACAAGUUCCCCAGCAGGUGGCGCCAAUGCAGCAGCCCCAACAAGUUCCCCAGCAGGUGGCGCUGAUGCAGCAGCCCCAGCAGGUGGCGUCGAUGCAACAACCCCAACAUGUUACCCAGCAGAUUCCACUGAUGCAGCAACCUCAACAAGUUCCCCAGCAGGUGGCACCAAUGCAGCAACCCCAACAAGUUCCCCAGCAGGUGAUGCCGAUGCAGCAACCCCAACAGGUUCCCCAGCAGGUGGCGCCGAUGCAGCAACCCCAACAAGUUCCCCAGCAGGUGACGCCGAUGCAACAACCCCAACAGGUCCUCCAGCAGGUGACAUCUUUGCAGCUGCCCCAGCAAGUGGCAUCAAUUCAGCAGCUGCCUCAGGCGGCGGUCAUGCAGCAGUCUGCACAAGUUCCCCAGCAGGUUGGUUCCUUGCAGCCAGUUCCCCAGCAGCCGGGAUCCAUUCAGCAUCCCCAGCAAUUGGUGUCUGCACAUCAGAUCUCCACCAUGCCACCACUCCAGCAGAUGGCCCCCGUGCAGCCAUGCCAGCCGUAUCAAGGGAUGUCCGUCGAUUCUUCGGCGCAGGCCUCUCUGGUCCAGCAAGAGCAGCAGGCUGUUCCAGUCCACCAGUCAACAGAUCAGCGUGCUUGUGCGAUGCAACAGAUGCUGUACCAUCUUCCUCUGCAGCAGCGGGAACAGUUUGUCCUGCAGGCCAGUUCCACAGAGCAGUUGCCCCCUGCUGUUCAACAGGACAUGGGAAAGCAGCAGCAGGCGGAGCUCUUGGGUUUGUCCCCAGAACGGGCGGCUUAUCCAACGCAAAACCAGUACCAACCACAAGGCCAGGAACAACAGAUAUAUCCAGUACAACCCCCACAACAGCUUCAACCUUCAGAUCAGCCGAUGUGCCAAGCACAGCCAAAUAACCAGCCGCAAGCCCCUGAGCAUGUCGCAUGUCAGAUGCACGUUGCUUACCCGGCGCAGGGUCCAGAGCAGCCUUCCUGCCCAGAGCCAUUAUUCUAUGCCAUUCCGGGGGGCUAUCCAGGGCAGCCCUUUGACCAGGCAACAUAUCCAGUGCAAACUUUCUACCCUGGACAGACAGCUUACGUAACUCAGCCGACGCCCUAUCUUUCUCAGCCUCCUGAGAUCCAGCAGCCUCACUUAGCCGUUCAGGUGGCAGAGCCACCAGGUUUCGCCAUGCACUCUCCUGAGCAGCCCACGUACAGGGUGCAGGAGGGUGGCGUCGGCUGCAUGGAACAACAGGUCUGCUUGGCGCAAUCGGCAGAAGUCCACGCUUGUCCUGCGGAGCAGCAGCAGCAGUCCGAACUGCCGGCGUAUCCAGUCCAGCAGGAUCCUGGCAGAGGAGGGAACCACCAACUGCAGCCUCCUCACAUGGUACCUAGGCUUGCUGAAGGGCCGCAGCCCUCUUUCAUGCCACACGUCCAGCCCCAGCCUCCUUACCAGGACUACGGCCAGCAUCCCGCCCCUCAACCGUCGGCUUCCAGCUCGACUCUGUCGCUCCAAGCUGCAGCCCCGCAGCCUGCCGUGAACCCGUUACAGGCUCUGUCCCCCGUACCCGAGCAGCCGGAACAAGCUUACGCAACGCAGCAGCCCUCUGAACUGCCCGGGUUCCUGCAGAGCACGCAUCUCCUCCGGCAGCCGCAAGCAUUUCAGCCUGCUGGCAGUAGCCAGCCGUUUCCAACCCCGCCUGCGCUGCCAGCGUAUGCGCCGCACCAGCCAUCUUGUCAGGCGCCCGUGUUGCCAGCGGAGUCUGUGGCUCAGCAUCAGGUGUCUUCUCAGAGUUCUGUGGUGGCGCCCCCGAAUCUUAGUGCGCCAACACAGCCACAAGUUCCAGGACAAGAUGUCCUACAGGUUUCCAUCUUAGCACCAGAACAACAGCCAGCUGCACAAAAACCAGAUUCUACACAAGGCCUAAUCCCUGAUGCCACCGCGCUGAAGGAAGGGGCUGGCGGGAGUGACCUUCCCAGUGGAAAUGGCAAGCAAGACAAGAGCAAGCAAAGGAGGGCGUCCUGUGCCCGAGCCGAGAAGGGUUCCAAAUUCCAGCUCACCGUGCUUCAGGUGUCCACAUCAGGGGACAACACUGUGGAGUGUCAGCUAGAGACUCACAACAACAAGAUGGUGACGUUCAAAUUUGACGUCGACGGAGAUGCUCCGGAAGACAUCGCGGAUUACAUGGUCGAAGAUAACUUUGUGCUGGAAAGUGAGAAAGAGAAAUUUGUGGAGGAAUUGAAGGCUGUUGUUUGCCAGGCUCAGGAUAUCAUCCGUAGCCUCCCUGCGGAAGAGAGAGCCUCUGGCGCGGACGUCGCUCCUUCGGAUCCAGCCUGUGCCCAAACAGGAUCGUCUGAACAAGUUCAGAUAAACCCAGCAUCUACUCAAACUGGCAGCGAGUCCGCUCCCCAGUCAUCUCCCGUUGGGCGCUGGAGGUUUUGCAUCAAUCAGACAAUAAGGAACAGAGAAUCUCAGGCCCCCUGCGCUCUUGUCCAGUCAACUACAGUUGAUCCAGGGGGUCAGGAAACAGCAGAAUUGUCAACGGAGAACCCAAAAGAAGACAGCCCCCAGGAUUGUCCGCAGGCUGUGGAAAACAUUGGAAACCAGCGCAGGCUCACCCCUUCUUCCAGCUCAAGUGAGCCAGCGAGCGACAGUGUGGCGCCUGAACCUCAAACGUUGGAAACUGAGCAGCUGGUUCUUCCUCACCACGCAGAAGACAGCACGGAUAACUUGCUUCCUGUCAUUGGCUGUGACAACAACGAGGGUGUCGCUCCUGAGCCUGCUUCCUCUCUGGGGGCAGAGACCCAAGCCAACGACAUUCACUCGUCUUCAGAUGUGCCCCAACCAAUGUCUGACAUCGCUGACCCGAAUCUGUCCACCUCUGCACUGACCCCCUGCCCCGCCCUAGCCGCUGAGGGAGCAGAUAACUCAGCAAGCGCUGAACAGGCCGGUUCUUUGGCCCAGACCCCGGGCCAGGAAGGCUCUUCCCUCCACUCCACCCUGGAGUCAGACAGCGAGGGCCCCCCCAAGAUGGACUUCACCGACAACAACAUCAAGACGCUGGACGAGAAGCUGCGGACACUCCUGUACCAGGAGCACAGCUUGUCGGGAACCUCCCCCGAGAGCCAGAAAGACACGCAGAGUGCGGUGGAGUCUCCAUUCUCCUCUUCUGCCGAAGACACGCUCCCCUGCCUGCUCCCCGACGGCCAGGACCCUAACUCCCCCGAAGAGACCCAGCAAAGCCCUGCUGAGCCUCUGGACCCCCAGGGUACGCUCAGUCCAUCCGCCAGCCAUCCUGAGGGUUUGCCAGUGCUGCAGAGGGAGCACAUCGUUAUCACUUCCUCACCCGGCGAUCUCUGCAUGCAUGAGAUGUCCCCGGAGACCUCGCUUCCCGAGAACCCCGAGGCCUGCCCCGACUCAGCAUCGAAUGGCGGAGCCGUGCACCUGCAUGCAGGAGGUGGAUAUUUUGGCCUAAGCUUUACUUGCCCUAAUCUCAAAAACCCCAUUAGCAAGAAAACCUGGACUCGCAAAUUUAAAAGCUGGGCAUACAGGCUACGGCAGACCAGCUUUUUCAAGAGAGCAAAAGUCCGGCAAGAAUUCACAGCAGAGGAGAUGGCAAGUGAUGUUGCUCCUGAUUGGGUUUCUCCUCCUGAACAAGCAACAGUGGAGAAUGAGGCAACUGGUCAGUCUAAACCUCUGGCUGGGUCGUUUCAGCGAGGCCGAUUUCAGGUCGUUACGGUGCCCCAGCAGAUGGCUUCCGGCGGCUCAGAAACUGACCCUCCUUUCUCAGAGCCUGGGGUGGGAGAAGUUGCUCCCAGACAGGGAGAAAUUGCCGUGGGUGAAACGAAUGCGUCGCCCACCACCCCUGAGCAACGGGAGCCAGAGGAGACUUCUGCCACCGCCAGCAGCAUGCAGUCUUGCUCCGAGCCGUGGACCAAAGGCGGUUUUGUGUGGAAGCAGCCGAGUUCUGACAGCGAACUCUCCGCCCCCAUGGGCAGGAGCUUGGAGGGCUGGGGGCGCAGCCAGCAGUCACCAGAGGAGCGGGGCGGCCCCCACACCAAGAGGCGCGGCUCCCUCUUUUACUCCCCCUCGUCCCCCAUGAGCAGUGACGACGAGUCCGAGAUCGAAGACGAGGACCUGAAGGUGGAGCUGCAGCGCCUGCGGGAGAAGCACAUUCGGGAGGUCGUGAACCUCCAGGCUCAGCAGAACAGGGAGUUGCAGGAAUUGUAUGAACGACUCCGGUCCAUCAAAGACAGCAGGUCAGAAUCGUCCGACGUCUCCCUGCAGCUGUCUUCUCCACGCCGGCCCAAAUCGUUCAAGAGCAAGCUGCGCAGCAGGCCCCAGUCCCUCUCGCAUGCUGACAACGGCAUUGUUGCUGCUGAUCCCCUCUGCAUCGUCAGCAGCACCGCAUCUUGUCAGCAGGCUGCAUCCAGCAAGAAAGGGAUGUUCACGGAUGACUUGCACAAGCUGGUGGACGACUGGACAAAAGAAAAAGUGGGGAAUUCCCUGAUCAAGCCGAGCCUCAACGAGAUCAAACAGAACAAGCACCGGCUGGAUGCUGACAGCUGGAGCAGAGUGUAUGAGACAACGACUUCUACGCUGGGCUACACGUCGACGUGGAUUUCCUCGCUCUCCCAGAUCCGCGGGACCGUCCCAGCCACUUUGCCCCAAGGACUCCCCCUGUCGCCCUUCCCGGGCGGGCUGACGUCCUACGGAGUGCCCCACGUAUGCCAGUACAACGCCAUGGCGGGGACUGCUUACCCGGUGCAGUGGGUGGGCGUUUCCGGCACGGCCCAGCAGUCCGUGGUCGUCCCCUCUCCGCCCUUGGGACCGUUUCAGCCAGGGAUAAGCAUGCCGGCCUUCCCAGCAUCGCCUGUGCAAAACCCAACUCCCAUCCCCCCGGGUCCUAAAUGAAGGCGGACGGCUAACGGAGGAUAGAUAUGGGGACUGUGCCUAUAACUCAUGAUUCCAUUCCUCUGCCUUGCGUUCUGUGGCCUGGAUUUUGGGGGGGGGGUGUGACUUCCCCAGGGCGGUGACGUGGGAGUGGUAGGGGAGGCUGCCUUUGCGUUCUCCUCUUUGAAAUACUUGAUUUAAUUUUCAAUGGGGGGGUGAUUUUUUUAAAGUACUUGAGAGAGCUUUGGCCUGUGCAUCUCAUUGGUCUGGAGGUGGACAGCAUGCCCAUCUGCUGCUUAUUAAGAAGCCUUCCCUUUC